AUGGAGGCAGAUUGGGACGAGUUGGCGCGCAUUCCCAUGCCGCCACCCAGUCCACAUGCAAUGCCUACGAUCGCGACAGCAGUCGCGUUUGACGAUGUUAUGGAACUUCUUUGGACCGGAAAUGAAUAUGGUCGAAUCUCCUCAUUUUGCGGGCCUGAAUUAGGUCGAUACACCUCCGUACGAGCACACCCGGCCGCCGAAGGACCAGUGCGGCAGAUACUGUUCCACGAGCGAGGUGUGAUAUCGCUCUCUCCCAAGAGCGUGCAUAUGAUUACUCGACGCGGCCUGACACAAUGGCACUUGAAUCACGAGGAAAUGGUGGACCUCCGCUGCAUGAGCUUUACGGCGCAACUUAACCGGAUCCUCGUGGCCGGUUGUCAAAACGUGAUGUUCACGGUGGAUAUCGACAAGGGUACGAUUGUGGACAAAUUGCCUACCGAGUACAGCUAUACGCUUAUGAAGAAGAGUCGAUACCUGUGCGCUGCAACUGAUACGGGCUCCGUAAAUGCACUCAGUCUUGCGGACUUCAGUGUCGUGAAAUCGUGGAAAGCACAUGGGACGGCCGUCAAUGAUAUGGAUGCGCGGAAUGACUUACUGGUAACAUGUGGCUUUUCCAUGCGGCACAUGGGCGCUCCGAUCGUUGAUCCCUUGGCCAACGUUUAUGACCUGAAAACAUUGACGCCAUUACCUCCCAUCCCAUUUCACGCCGGGGCGGCUUAUGUCCGUAUGCAUCCCAAACUCCACACGACAAGCUUCGUGGCCUCGCAAACCGGUCAGCUGCAAGUUGUCGACCUCAUGAACCCCAACGCAAUCAACCUACGACAGGCCAACGUAUCACUUAUGCUUGGUCUUGAUAUUUCCCCAUCAGGAGAGGCUCUAGCAAUCAAUGAUGCCGAAUGCUCCAUACAUUUAUGGGGAUCUCCCACUAAGAUUCAUUUCAACGAAAUGAGCAAAGAAAUGGAAUUUGCCGAUGUCCCUACUCGACCGCCACCGAUUGACUGGUCCCCUGAUACCCCUCUGAACAUGGUAGGACUGCCCUAUUAUCAUGAGCGCCUCCACUCGGCUUGGCCUAGCCAUCUUGUCUUUGAGAUUGGCAGUCCACCUGCUCAGCUGGACCAGUCCCUGCUGCCGUAUCUACGCCCCUCUGAAGUGGGACACCAUGCCCCGAACCCAAGGAAAACCCGACGAAAUCAAGUAGAGAAUACACGCGCAUUGGCAAACGCGGAGCCGGCUCUUAUCGCUCCCAAGUUCUUAAGUGAAAAGGCUCGGGAUCACAGCAAGUCGAAACUAGAAAGCUCAGUUAUCGAUGCUGCCGAGGCUCUUGCAGGUGCAAAUAUCAACGGCGAGAGUGAUGACGACCCACUCCUGAAGUACAGCAACGUCGAGAUUAAGUAUAGUCGUUUUGGCGUUGACGAUUUUGACUUCCGAUUUUACAAUAAGACGGCAUUUUCUGGUCUCGAGACUCACAUCGCAAACUCAUUCACAAAUUCUCUCCUUCAACUCUUCAAAUUUAUCCCACUAUUCCGAAAUCUCUCACUCACUCACGCUGCCGGCUCUUGCAUCUUCGAACACUGCCUACUCUGUGAACUGGGAUAUCUAUUUGACAUGCUAGAAAAAGCAAACGGACAGAAUUGCCAAGCAACGAACCUCUUGAAAACAUUCAGCAGCUUCCGAGAGGCUUCAAAUCUAGGCCUCUUGGAAGAGAAUCUAACUAAUAAAUCUCUCUCAACCGCGAUUCAAGCCGUGAAUCGAUUUUUCUUGACCCAGAUAGCACACGACUUCCGCAUGGUUCAACCGAGCUCUGAGGAAUUGGAUCUACGCCUUUCCACUGUUGCAUCUGAAACAAUUCGCUGCAUGUUCUGUCAGCAAGAGACCGUUCGACCUGGCAAUUCCCUUGCCAAUGAGCUUUUGUACCCCAACAUGGACCCAAAGCAUGCGAGACGAAACCCUGCCUAUCGAUUCUCCAGUAUUUUGCGGGCGAGUAUUGAACGUGAAACGCAAAAUCGCGGAUGGUGCAACUAUUGCCGGCGCUAUCAACAAGUGAUGAUGCGGAAGACGGUGCAUAGAAUGCCUUUGAUUCUCAUGCUCAACGCAGCUCUUACGAAUCCAAUCUGUCGGCGACUAUGGGCUAUUCCUGGAUGGCUUCCCGAUGCGGUUGGCGUUCUCAUCGACAACGGACAGGUUGCUUGUUUCGAAGGAGAUGAACUCAAUUUAAGAAUACAGAGCAACACGCCUGGGCUUGUCGUAUAUGACUUGGUAGGCCUCGUCUCCGAGAUUGACAUUCCAGAACAUCAGAAACCGCACUUGGUAUCUUUCGUCAAUAUCUCCCUCUCUGGUCGAGAGCAACCGGAAAAAUCGAGAUGGCAUUUGUUCAACGACUUUUUGGUCACUGAAGUGGAUCAGGAUGAAGCCCUUCGCUUUACGCAGCCUUGGAAGCAACCUUGUGUGUUGGCUUUCCAGGUCCGUGAUACAAAUCACGCUGUUGAUGAUUCAUGGAAGAAAUCUCUUGACACUACGCUCUUGUUCCGCGAGUGGUCAUUGAACGGUGGGCAUCAAGUUGAUACCUGCCGCAAUCUUUCUGAAGCAGAGAAGCCUCAGGCUGGCACUCCCGUGGCCCUGGAUACCGAAUUCGUGGACCUUGAAAAGGCCGAGAUUGAUGUCAAGGCAGAUGGAUCACAGGAAAUGGUUCGGCCGAAUAAGAGUGGCCUUGCCCGAGUUUCCGUCCUACGGGCUUCAGGCAUCGACGAAGGUGUGCCGUUCAUUGAUGACUACAUCACCAUCCGGGAGCCAAUCGUGGACUAUGUAACUCAGUAUUCUGGUAUCAAACCUGGUGACCUGGAUCCACGAACCAGUGAGCACAACUUGGUGCCGUUGAAGGCGGCUUACAAGAAACUCUGGCUGCUGUUGAAUCUUGGCUGUGUUUUUGUUGGCCAUGGAUUGGCCUCGGACUUCCGCAAGAUCAAUAUUAAAGUGCCGAAGUCUCAAACCGUCGACACUCAAUACCUCUUCUUCCAUCCUGGCAAGAACCGCCGCCUCAGCCUUCGCUAUCUCGCUUGGGCUGUCUUCAAAGAAUACAUCCAGGAAGAACCCACCACCGAAACAAUACAGGGACAUGACUCGAUUGAGGACGCUCGCAUGGCUAUGCGCCUCUGGAAGAAGUUCCAAGAGUACGAGGAUGCUGGAAUUUCGGCACAGAUGCUCGAAGAGAUUUUCCGCGAGGGCCAGAAACUGGGUUUCCGACCUCCUCCCAGGAACGGCACCGCAGCAGUCCUCUCUCGACCCGGUACGGCAAUCACAAUGUCGAACGACAGCGGUCGAAAUACCCCCAGUGCAACGGAUGCCAGCGCUCCUGCUGCUACAUCGGCAGGAAAUGCGGCAGCGGCAAAUCCUGCCCCUACAAGUGCUCCUACAACACCCCGCCAGGCUUUCCGAAGAUCCAUUGCUCUAACCCCCAGCAAUGGCAGCUUUUCGGGACCAGGAACUGGUGAUUUCUUUGGAGGAAGCCCCCUUCGAUAG